AUGAACAACAAGCUUCACGGCCCCGAACAACACAACAGACAAUUUGCAGAUAGCAAGAUGGCAUUCGACGGAUCAGAUCCUUUCACUAAACUACCCCCGGAGAUACGUCUAUAUGUCCUAACCUCUAUCGAAUGCACAUCGACAAUAUCACGGUUAAUCAAAGCGUCGCCAACCAUGCUUCAACAAUACCUUGCCUUCAAGAAGCAUAUUAUUCGAAAAGUCAUUGGCUUUGAUCAAGAUGAAAUGCAAGACGCUAUGGCCAUUAUUUUAUUCCCUGGCAAGAGGAUACGAACCAAACGUCAAGCGGCGCCCGUACGCGUACUUUUACGCAAUUGGUCAAAUCGUCAGCUUCCAGAUCCUAUUGAGAAUAAGGACGAUCGCCUAAUUAGCCGACUGAACAAACUGCACAAACGAAUCAUGCUUCUUGUCGAGGAUUACAUUACUAAAGCCACUGCUUUCUUUCUCCCACGGGAAUAUCUUUGUCUACCACAGGGUCGGCACUCGUCAGAAGGACAUUUAAUGUUCAAAGGCGUCAAGGUAGCCCCGCGAUUCAAUUCUACCAACCUCGCAACCUUUGAAAGAAAAAGGUUUGUCAAGGCAUUUCUGAUGCACGAGCUAGUAUGCAAGAUGAAAAAUAUUAUUGAUCUUCCUGUUGGCUUUCGAAGGCGCAAAGUGAGUAAUGGGGAUAUCGAAACCCUCAACUGCGUCCAUGCCUACUAUUGUUCUCUCUAUGGCGCAAUCUUUGCCCAGUGUAGCGAUGCACAACUUCCGAGCAAUCCAACAGGGGGUUCAUUUGAGAGUGAGUUACAAUUUCCUGACACUUUCUAUUUCGACACAAACUCCCACACGCAUAAGGUGGGUUUAUUUUCUUUCAACAUGUUCGGUGGCGACCCUCCUGACUACAGUGAUGGGUUUUCGAGGCUUGGGCUUGAUCAUCUGGCCGAUUUCCUUCGCUAUGACAUGGCGCAAGCAGAUGACAGAGAAGCCCUCAAAGUUCUGAUACAAGACUCGACUUUUGACAAACAGAUUUAUUGCUGGAAAACGCAAUUGGCGUCGAUUUUCCACCGCACGCGAAGGGCUGAAGACAGUUGCGAUUCAGCCAUGUACAAACAACUUUCUCUGGACCGCGACAGUGAACUAAGGUACGACAUUGGCCGGCAGCGGGCUUGGGCGUUCUUUGAUGACAGUCGCCUGUACCCCCAAGACACAAUCGAGCGACCAAUCUUCCCAUCAGACAGUUUCCUUAAGAAAGAGUCUAUUGAGAAAACAUUUACUGACGACUGGUUCCGUAACCCGGUUAGGGUUAGAGCUUGGCGGCAAGGCAAAUUGUCCAGCGAAGAGCGGAUUAAGACUCAUUUAGCAAAGGCAGGUAUCAUCUAA